AUGUCCCAAAGGUCUGCACCUUCCGCUGCCACCACAACCAAUGGAGGGUCGGUUGCCUACCAGGGCAUGACGUCGAUGAUGGGCGCGUAUCUGCAGCAAAACCCUAUGGAGUUGCCUGAGAGACUCCUCUCGGCCGCCGGCACAGCAUCGAGGCGAACAACAUCAGCCAGCCGCCGUCAGGCGCAACAGACGCUGACAGCGUGGGAUACGCGAUGGCAUCAGGCUGGCCAAUCGUCAUGA